GCUUUCAUUGUGAUCUUUUUAUGACACUGAUAAAAAUAUAAAGAUGUGUGAUUGAAAUUCGUAUAUUUUUUUAUUAAAGCAUUUAUAUUUUGGUAAAGCGUAAAUCUUUUUUGUUCAGCAUCGUAAACUUGUUAAGGGAGCAUCAUGGAGCCGCCCAAACCAUCAGUUCCAAUUCUCUCUACGGCUGGAGCCGUGCCUGUGAAAACCGAAAAAGGUGUGUCUAUGCAAAAAGUGAAAGUCAACAGAUAUGUUACUGGUAAAAGGCCUGACUAUGCCCCGGAUUACAGCAGCGAUGAGGAAAGUGACGAGGAUUUCAUACGCGUCAAGAAGACUUCAUCCAAGGCAGCGCCAGCCAGAGAGGAGGAGGAAGAGGACUCCGAUGAGCAGGUGGACCGCAGGCUGCGCCGCUUGCAGGAGGCACGCAAAAACCGUGCUGACGAUAGUGAUAGUGACAGUAGCGAGGAUGACAGAGUUGCCCGCCACAGACGGCAGGUGAUCGAGCCCGAGAUUAUCGCCGCAGGCUCAGAUUCUGAGGAAGGCCGCGGUCGUCGUCAUGAUGAUGAUGAGAGCAGUGAGGAGGAGGAGCUGGACGAGGAGGAGAUAGAGCAGCGCAGACAGAUGCUACGACAGCGGGCACUGCAGAGGAAACAGGAGGAGGAAGUGUUAGACAUUGAAGAGGAGAAGGCAGGGGAGAGUGAGGAGGACUCCUCCGAGUAUGAAGAGUACUCAGACUCUGAGGAAGAGACGGGGCCCAGACUCAAACCUGUCUUUGUCAGAAAAAAAGACAGAUUUUCUGUACAGGAGAAAGAAAGAAAUGAGACCAAGAUGAAAGAGCUUGAAGUUGAAACAAAGAAAAUGGCAGAAGAACGCAGGAAGCAAACACUGAAGAUGAUAGAAGAUGAGCGUCGUCGUGAGUUAGAGGCAGAGAAGAUCACACAGGAUGCAUGUGACCUGAUUGACAGCGGCGAUGAGAAUGAUGAGGAGGCAUAUGAGGCGUGGAAAGUGCGUGAGCUCCGAAGACUCAAACGAGACAGAGAGGAACGGGAAAAUCUAGAGAAGGAGAGACUGGAGGUGGAGCGGCUCCACAACAUGACGGAGGAGGAGCGCAGGGCUGAGUUCCAGCACAACCCAAAACAGCGCGUCAACAAGGCACCCAAGAGCAAAUACAAGUUCCUGCAAAAGUACUACCACAGAGGAGCUUUCUUCAUGGAUAAAGAUGAUGAAAACUUCAAGAGAGAUUUCUCUGAGCCUACCUUGGAAGACCACUUUGACAAGACAGUCCUGCCCAAAGUUAUGCAGGUUAAAAACUUUGGUCGUUCCGGUCGCACGAAGUACACACAUCUUGUUGACCAGGACACCACUCACUUUGAGUCACCCUGGGUAUCAGAGACCGCCAUGAACGUCAAAUUUCAUUCCCAGAAAGGUGGCGGCAUGAAGCAAAUCUUUGAUAGGCCCAGUCAGAAGAAAAAGAAAUGAAAAUCAUUUGGCAUGAUUAUGUACGUUUUCUUGUGAAAAUAGGCCCAGUCAGAAGGAAAAGAAGUGAACAUUCUAUGACGUGGUUUUGUUCAUUAGAAUGUUUGCAGGUUUCAAGGCACUAGAUCUCUGGUUUGAGGAUUUAUCUGAAUUGAAGUGUAAUGUUUGUGUCAGAGAAAAGAAGUGACAACCUUUACAAUGAUGGUAUAAUUAACUGGUUUGGUCCAUGUUCUAGGAUGAAGGCAGGCCUAUUUCAAAAUGAAGUUAAUUUCUUAAUUUUUUAUUUUUGUUCAGCUAUUUACUUUUGAAUCACUUCUUUGUCAUUGCAUUACUACAAGCAAUAGAUGCUACAAUAAUUGUUUUAGUGAUAAUCUUAUUCUCUUCAAUACUUGAUUUCUUGAUGGUAUUAUCAAUAGAAGGGUGUUCAUGACUAUAUUAAUCGUAAUGCCCUGUAUCAGUAAAUCUGCACAGGCAAUUAAAUUGUUGUUGCUAAUUAUAUUGAAAUAUUUCUUUUGUAGUGAAAAUCCUGCCCAUAUUCUAGAGUAUUUCAGCUUAAAAAAUUCACUGAAUUUCAGAUAUCUGUUCAAAGAUAUGUUAACAGAAAGUCAGAAAUACAUUUUGUUAAUAUUCUUUAUACAACAUACAAAUAUACAGUAUAGCAAAAUAUCUUAAAAUGGUGUAAAAUUGAUGAAUAAGCAAGUUGCAUACUACCACUUAAAUGUUAUGGUUGAUGUUGUUGACAUGUCUAGAAAUAUGUAAAUACAAGCAUGUCUGAAAGACAUAGAAUACGUCUGCUUAUUUUGAUGAUCUUACUGGUUGGACUAAAUACAUGCCUUUAGUAAGGAGUGUUUCCAGUGGGAUCUGGGGUUUUUUACUGCAGACAAUAUUACAUUACUUCAUAUUUAUUGAUUCGUGUACAUUGCAUUCCUUCACAAAUAGAUUAAAUUGUAUUAGAUUAACUGGAAUUACGGAAAGUUAGUAUUUAGCUGUAAAAACAUGCUGCUAAAAAUUGGAAGGAUCAUGGGGCAAUCUUAGUGUGAGUAAUUUAAGGAAUGUCAUGUGAAAAAAAAUUACUGAAUUUUAUUUUUAAUUUUGUGUUAUAAGACCAAUAUUUGUUUUAAUGAAAUGUAGUGUAUACAGAAAUAAAUGAGUACUCCAUGCUGAGAACUGAUCCGGAAGCACUGACUCUUUCUGUAUUGAUAGAAGCCUGGAUUGAGGAGAGCUGGGUAUAGCGGAUAACAAUAAAUCAGUUUGGACUUAUGUUUAUAUAACAUUUGCCAAUGGCAUUUAAAGGUUCUCUGUAUUUCUUAUAGUGAAAGAUUUAGAGCUAAAUACCAUGUAGCCUCUUACUGCACACUGUAUUAUUACUGUCUUAGGUAAAUAACACGUAUAAAUAUCUUUGGAUAUAUGUUAUAUGAGUAAUCAUUUUCAUUUAGCACGUUUCCACUAUGAUUAUUUGUCACAAGACAGUGAUUUUGCCAGAAGUCUAAACAGGCUUCUCCAAAGGGAAGUAAGCCAUGAACCCAUUAACAUUACGCCAACGCAGCAAUGAAAGAACCCUUAUCUGUCAAUGAAAAACAUUGUCUUUGAAGUAUAAUACUUAAGUUGCCACCUAUCACCUGCGUGUGAUCUUCAAAUUAGAAUUUGAAAUGUCUGCGAAGUUCGUCGGGUAUAUGGUUAAAAACGUGAAAUUCUUUUAGAAAUCAUGGGACAUCAUGGAAGUUCAGGAGCUUUGAGAAAUUCAAGAAGGAAAAUUUAAGGGCUUCAUUCCACCUCUUGGGAAUGCAUACCAAAAUAUUCACUUGGUACAAUAUCUCUUGUGAAGAACUUAAUUGCGUUUGACCGUUUGUUGUAAUCAACGGGUCAAAGAGAAAUGAUUCCGUUUAAUUUGUGGCUGUUCAUACUAUUGUUAAUACGAGAAAAAUACAUUAGACGUAUUUUAGUUUAUUGACAUCAACAUGUAAAUUUGCAAUUAUUAAUAUAAAUGUGUUAAGAAGGCCAAACUAUUCGAAAUUCUACUAUAUAAAUACAACUAAAUAAAAGUCAACAGUAUUUUGUACUUCCGUUGAAAUAGAGCUGUACUUAAUUCAAUUUCGAUUUUAUCUUAAAAAAAUCAAUGUUUCAUACAUUCUGUAAUAAAAGGAAAAGCAAAAGUUAA